GCCUUCCCGGUCACCCUGAAUGGAGAGCCACCAUCCAAACAGCAGUGUGUACAGGCUGGCUUUCCACAGCACAGACACCACUACAAGAAAUGGAGGGAUAUUCAGCUGAAGAAAAGAGUUGGGUACAUUCUCGGUCAGUCAAUUGGCAGAAGAGGUAACCCACCUCAGCCUGCAUGUGUGUAGAUGGCUUUGGACAAGGAGAAAUGGCACACCAACAAGCCCACUGUCAAUGCCAUCUUGCAGGCCUGGGUUGCUCCGCAGCCCAGUAUACAAGACAACGAGUCCCUCAUGUCUUCGAUUGCAGAGCAGAAGUGGAAGGGCCUGGCUUUGCAAGACUUCGGGGAACGGAAGGGCAAAGGUGUGAUCGCACUUAUGCCUUUCCGCAAAGGGGAUAUCGUGUGCGAUUUCCACGGGACAUACAUCAGCGAAGCAGAAGGGAAACGGAGGCCCCAGUCGGGUAUCUGUUCUUCUUCAGGGACAAGUGUGACCCGAGGUAUGUGCAUCAACGCCACUGCAUUCCCCUGUGCCUGUCAUCCCAACAUUGACACCUAUGGAAGGCGAAUGAACCAUUCCCGGAAAAAUCCCAACAUCAAGCCCCAGAAGUUUACAAUGAACUUCCCUGCAGGACCUCAGGAGACAAUACUUUUCAUUGCCCUGAAGGACAUCACAGUUGGUGAGGAGCUGUUAUGGGACUACGGAGUAACUCGGAAAUCUUAUGGUGGUGAAGGGGAAGACUUGGAGUGGCUGGACAGCUGACUUUGAUUUUAUCUGUUCUUUUCCUCUUCUCUUUGCAUGGGCUUUUUUUAUGCAGUGAUUUUAUUCUUAAAAAAGCAGCUGUUUUUACAUUG